AUGGGUCUUAAUUACUACGCUUCGGCGCCAACCGUAGUCCUGGCGCCCCAGCAACCGCAGGGUUACUUCUCCCAUCACCAGAGCGCCGCAUCACCAAUGGCCGCCGUUUCCAAUGCCACCGCUGGUCGCAAACGAUCCAUCGCCGACGUCGAUGAACCAGAGGAGAACCUACCGGCCGGAUCAAUCGUCACUCAAUCGCCUUCAAAGCCCAAGCCCGAGCCUGUAUACGGCCCAGGGAUGACGCUCAUCUACCCUGGAGAGCCUGGCUAUACCAUGGCAGCCGAGUCGCAAUCCGGCACCUGGUACGAAGAGAAGAUCGAGAAAGAAGAGAAGGCUGACGCCGCCCGCCCUAUCGCUGUGUCGCGCAAGUCAGUACGCAUGAGCCCAACCGCCAAUAUCGAAGUCCCCUCCCUCAACGACAUGGAUGCUCAGAAGACUGAAGAGCUCAUCGACGACAAGGGCAACACUGUCAACACACUCAUCACAUCCCUCGGAGUCGGCUGGAAGAACGUCAUGACCAACCCAAACCUACGUGAUGCAGCACGCGCAUACUCCCGUGUAAUCGAACGUCAUUUCGAUUUUACCGACGUCCUAGUCAUGCUGGAGAAGGAAUCACUCAACGCUUAUCUGGUACGCGCGAAACAACACGGUGUCCAAGGCUACUGGUUAUUCUCGGACAACCUCCAAUGGUGUCAGCUCGUUGGUUGGUCAUUAGAACGAACAGUCAACAACCUCAUGUUCGGCUCUACUCCUCGCGUCGAGGGUGAGCGCAUCAACGCUCGCCAACUGACACCAUCGUCGGAAGCUGCCACCACACCUAUCCCUCAACCAGUGGCGACUGCGGAGGUCGACGUUAUGGAGAUGUGA